AUGGACAAAGACAGCCAGGAUGUCCACCAGGUGCUGAAUGAGCUGAAGAACAAGUUCCAGGAGAUGAGGAAGCUGAUCAGCUCCAUGCCUGGCAUCGGAGUGAGCCCAGAGCAGCAGCAGCAGCAGCUGCCGGGCCCCAUGGACAAAGACAGCCAGGAUGUCCACCAGGUGCUGAAUGAGCUGAAGAACAAGUUCCAGGAGAUGAGGAAGCUGAUCAGCUCCAUGCCUGGCAUCGGAGUGAGCCCAGAGCAGCAGCAGCAGCAGCUGCAGAGCCUGCGGGAGCAGGUCCGGACCAAAAAUGAACUGCUGCAGAAGUACAAGAGCCUUUGCAUGUUUGAAAUCCCCAAGGAGUAG